UGUGACUUAGGUGAAAUUAUUGCAAGUUUUCAUGGGGUUUGGGGGUCGUUUAAAAUGAGUUCCAGUACUAUAGUUUACAGAUCUCCCAAGUUUAAGGACAAAAAUCAACUUUCAAACGACAGCAGCGAAAGAUCUUCGGCUCUGCUGAUUUUAUCUUUGUGGCUUUUCGCGUGCAUUUUUUCAGUAGCCAAAUCGGAGUUUAGCUCCAAUAUGACAGGUAUAUCAAUAUCAUUCAACAUGCAGGACGUUUUGUUUAUGGGUUUUGCGUGUUGGUUAUUGCACAAAGGACUAUCAUCAAGAAAUGUUAUUUUGGUUAUACCCUGGAUGACCAUGACGAUCUACAGCCUAUAUUACAAUCAUUACAGAGGCAUAACCAAAAUGAUUCUCAUUUUGAAGCACUCUAGAAGUCACCAGACUUUACCAUGGCUGGCACUUCUUAUAUCUACCAUAGGAUUGUUCAUAAGAGUACUGCUAACCCUAAGGAUUUUACAGUUAUCAGCAAAUUUGUGGUACAGAAAAAAACUGGAAAAAGAAUUGUAUAAAUAAA